AUGAGCCGGCUGCUUUCUCUGCCUCUCCUAGUGUUUUUGAGCUGUUUUGACAUAUGCACUCCCUCUCUGCUUCUCUUGCUCUCUCCAUUUUUUUCUGUCUUUUCACCAAUCCACCAAUACCUCCCCAUACCUCCAUCUCUUUCUGUUUUCCCCUCCAGGACAGGAAAAGGAGCAGUAGCUGGGAGCACCAGCAGACAACACUGACCAGAAUAACAGGAAGAGGAAGUGGGCAGUGACCUGUGUGAGAGAGGACUGCGGUCAGACAGCUGUGGUUCACCAUUUUUGGCUCUUGGAUGAGAAAAGCACAUCAGAAGGGAGAGAGGAAAAAAGAACAAGAGAGACUCGAAACCUGUUGGAUUCACACCUGCGGGAAAACCUCGACAACCUGAGAAGAGAAAGAGGGUGACAAAGACAUUUUGGGGUAAAAACUCCACUGUUGGAGUAGCUGGAGUUUUUACUUAUUUGAUAAUAAUCUUACUAACUAAGAGACAACUGCAAUACCCACUUGAGUAAAAACUGAUAAUUAUCUGAUGAGUGGGUUUUUCUGAUAUUUGAUUCUCCGUUUUUCUUUGGAAAUCCAUCUCUGGGAUACAACUUAAGAGGCAUCAACCCAUUUUUCAUCAUCACAGACUUUCUUAUCUCUCUGGCAGUCCAGGAAGGGAUUUGUACAAAAGCCUAGUAAAAAUCUAACAAAGAGAGAAAUCCCUGCUUGUACACCUGCUGCUCUCAUUCUACAUCAGGGGGAAAAAAAGGAGUACGAGAGAGGAAAAGAAGUAGUCGUAUCAGUAGGUGGUUUUUGCCUCUGUUGAGCUCAUGACCACCCACCAACCACUGAUUUCUACCACAACCUGCGAGAUUAAUAAAGCAUAACUCCAGUCUGAGCAAGUGAACACCUUGAAGGAUUUGGGCUUCAUUUUAUACCUCGACAAAGAUCUGAACAGCAGUUCUGCCCGGCUUCGACUUCAGUUUGACUGAUGAUGGCUUGGCUCCAGCUGUGGACCACAGGACUUCUGGCCACUAUGGCCUUGACUAUCAUCACUGCUCAGGACUCUGGACUUCCUGGGGUAGAAAGAGAGAAUCUCGGCCCAGCUGACAUUGUCAAGAAGGAAUCCCAUCCCGUGCUGUUCAGGCAAAAAAGAGACUGGAUCUGGAACUCUCUCUAUGUAGAAGAGGAGAAACCUGUUGUGACUCCGUUCAAGAUAGGACGGCUCAAGUCAGACAAGAGUGUGACAGGUGGGCAUUUUAAAAUAGCUGGUGAAGGAGCAAACGACAUCUUCAUCGUGGAUGAUAAAGGAGACCUGUUUGUCACCAAAUCUCUGGACAGAGAACAGAAGAAUGCUUACCAUUUGACUGCUAUGAUGUUAGAUGUGUCUGGCAACCGAAUAGAAAACCCUGGAGAAUUUGUUGUCCAGGUGACAGAUAUCAAUGACAACACCCCUGUUUUCACUCAAUCAUACAAUGGAUCCAUUGAGGAGAGGUCUAGAAUAGGAAAAACAGUGGUUGAGGUGAAAGCUACUGAUGCAGAUGACCCCACCACUGCUAAUGCAGAGCUCAGGUACUCUUUGACCCAUGGAGACAUUUCAGCCUUUGAAAUCGACAGCGUCACAGGUGUGAUCAGCUGCAAGAUAGACACUUUGGACCGGGAAACCAGGGAGGAGUAUGUGGUGGUGGUUAAAGCUCAGGACAUGAGAGGAUUGGCCUCUGGCAGCACAGCCACCACCUCGGUCACUAUUAAGAUAACUGACAUCAAUGACAACAUUGCUUCUUUUACCAGAACGAAAUAUGAUCUGAACGUUCCAGAAAACCACAAGGUGGAUGAGACGAUCGGGAUUCUGGAAUUGGUGGAUAAAGAUGAGAUUCAGAACAAGGAGCCCAUAUUUACCAUUCAAAAUCUUAAUAGCAACAUAUUCAAUAUUGAACCCAACCAAAACAAGGAUGGAAACCUCAUGCUCAAAGAGGCUCUGGACUUUGAGAAGACAAACAGCUACUCUUUCACUGUCCGGAUGAAAGAAAAUGUCCGAACUCCCGCUGACAACACAAACACUGCAGUCACCAGUGCACAGGUCAACAUCAACGUGUUAGAUGUAGAUGAGCCACCGAUCUUCUCUGAGGACAUGUACAAAUUUAACGUGAAGGAAGAAAUGCAUGUGAACAACAUAGGAUUCAUCAAAGCCAGAGAUCCUGACAGAGCCAACAAGACCAUACAGUUCUCCAUCAUGCAGCCGGACUGUCCUAUCGGUAUCAACCGACUCACAGGUCAACUGUACACUCUGAGAAAUCUGGACAGAGAGGAUAAGCCCACACACGUGUUUCAAGUUAAGGCGCAAGAGGAGCCAAGUGGUUUGGAGUCAGUUGUAAAAGUUAACAUUAAUGUUCAGGACGUGAAUGACAAUGAACCUGAACUCAGAGUUGACGACAUCUAUAUAUGUGAGAACGAUGAGUCUAAUACGAUAAUUGGAACCUUGACUGCCACAGAUAAAGAUGAUCAGCCAGUUGCCUUCACUUUCAGUCUGGCGAGUGAGAAUUCCAACUUCUCCAUCAGAAACUAUGGCAAUGGCACAGCAGCUCUCAUUGUGAAACAGGGCCCAUUCAGCCUGGAUGACCCCAAGAGUUACAAGGUGGAUAUAAGGGUCAGUGACGGAGGACAUCCCUCCAAGAGCAGCGUCUCCACAGUAUCAAUCGGGAUAUGCCAGUGUGAUGCCAACCGGAAUCGUACAUAUUGCAAACCUGAGGCUCGGAGGAUGGGAGUCAGUGUUCAUGCCCUGACAGCCAUUUUGCUUUGCAUACUGACAAUUCUGGUCAUAGUGAUCCUGUUCGUGAUGAGGAAACGCUACCAGAAGGAUUCCCUGGCCAAUAUGAAAAACAGCGGAGAGAUUCAUGAGCAGCUGGUCACAUACGAUGAGGAGGGAGGAGGAGAGAUGGACACUAAUGGCUACGACGUCUCAAUCCUCACCUCCGCUUGCCAUGACGGCUCCCUGCUUCGCCACCAAGAUCACCGCCCCCACCCCUCACUCUACGCCAUGGUCCAGAAACCCCACCACCACACUCAGCCCACCGCAUGUAAGGGCGACAUGGCAGCGAUGAUUGAUGUAAAGAAAGACGAAGCUGAUCACGACCGAGAUGGAUUCCCCUACGACACUCUCCACAUCUAUGGCUACGAGGGACCUGAGUCUUUAGCCGGAAGUCUCAGCUCUCUGGGAAGUUCCUCUACUGGUUCGAACUUGGAUUAUGACUUUCUCAACGAUUGGGGCCCGAGGUUCAGGACCCUGGCAGAGCUCUAUGGUGUAGAUGGCCCAGAUUACUACCAUCAGUACUGAUACCACAUACCACCACAUAAUGACAAAUCAUACACAUACACAACAAACAUACAGCUUGAUACAGUAAUCAGAAAGAGCCAUAGCAAUACACUCACAUACUGACCAGAAGCAUGCAGGAAAUAUACACAUUCACACAGAAACAGAUCUACACUAGAUAACCGUGUUCUUGAGAGACUUCUCCCGCUCCUCAAAACAGAAUCAGGGAGCUCCUUUUUAUCCAGUAACAAUGACUAACUUCUGUUAUGAUGUGUAAUUCAGUGAAUCCAUUAGUGUGUUGUGCCUCCGUCUGUUCACUCCCAGUCAAAAAAAAAAGAAAAGAAAAGAAAAGAAAAGAAAAGAAAAGAAAAGAAAAGAAAAAAAAAAGCUUCGUCAAAAUCUUGGAAGCUCCAUGAAGUUGAGUCAAGGAGGCUCUUCUUUGUUCCUGUUUCCAGUGAAAUAUUGGAAAGAUUUUUAAAGGAACAGAACACCAGGACAUCGUUGAAAGAAAUAAUAGAAAUAAUGGCUUCAUACAUUUGCAAGAGGACUGAUUAUUUGGUGACAAUAUGAGAUCCAGACCAUGAGGAUUUUCCUUUACAGCAGUGUUGGGAGUUUUACACCGUAACCCUUUUAUUCUGAAAAAGGUCUAAGCAGGUGAAGCCAGUUGGGUUGGAUAUGGAUGGGUAGGAUAAUCCCGUCCCUUUCAGUGAUGUUACUCAAUUACUUAAUUUCUUUAGCAUUUAAUAAUUUUGCAGCAGCAUUUUGUAAUAUGAUUUUUUCCCCCUGUGGUGACUUUGGCAAAAGACACAGACUAUUGAAGAUGAAAAGUUUAUAAUUUGAUUCAUUAAGUAUCCCUUAAAAUUAGCAUUAACCGUACCCAUCAUAUUGGCCUGUUAAUGUAUGAUUAACUGAAUUCAUAUAUUUAAAUCCUUAUAUCCUGUUUAACAUUACAGUGUAUUGCUAAUAUAAUAUUGCAGACUCUGAAGAUUAGUUCAUUUUGCUGCAAAGAGAAUUAAAGGAAUCAUAAUAAUUCAAUCCAACGGGGGCUGCAAAAUGCUGCGUGUGAAAGCAACUCACUGCUGAUCUUUUUUUCCCCUUCGUUCUUUUUUUCUGUCUCUUUUGGUAUACGCCGUGUGAUCUCUUCUAACUUUGAUGUGUGUGUGUGGUUUUUUUUUUUAUAAAUUUGACAAAAGGGACACAAACAUGGGGAGAACGAGGUGAUUUUAUUUUUGAUCUGUAGUUGAUGAUUUGAUUUGUAAAUAUGAUUGCUUGAGGGGGUUACUGUACUGGGAAACUCUGAGCAGCCACACGAGUUUAAGCUCAAAGGGGUUUGAAGUGUUUGAUCACAGCAAGAUGCCAGUUAUGUUUUCUUCAUCUGAAAUACUAGAAGAGACCGUCUCUAAGGAAAGUUCAGCUCUGUAAAGUCUACUUUGUUCAUCAGAGCGUUAAGUCCGGUGGGUUAUUUUGUGACAUGCCCAUUGAGUUUGUGAUUUUUCUGAGGUCCAGACAUGACAUCAGGUGUCUGAACAGUAGUCAACAGAAUUCAAAAGAAGCAUCAAAAGUCCCUGAUUUUUUUUGCAGUUUUUUAAGGUGAAAACCUUAAAAAACCUUUCCUGCUUUGUGUUCCUAAAACCAACCCUCUGAUAUGAAUAAGGUCAUUUUCCGAGUAAGUCAUUUUGUCCAUUUUCUCAGUUAUCUUCUGCUCUGAAAAGAGAAAAGACAAUCGACAGACGGACAGAAAGGAAAUGACACUACUGAUUCUCAGACAGAAUUACAGCAUGUUCCGAGGGUUUAUUUGACAGAACCCAUCAUCACAGUUAUUGUUGAGAUGAAAGCCUAAUUCUCAGAGGCCUACUGGAACAAAAGUAAUUCAGACAACUCAGGAAGCACAGAGUUGGAAAAGCAGCUAGUUGGGCAGCCACAAUGACUCUGAGGUGGCUUGAAUAACUUUAACCUCUAAACCUUCUUGGCUGCUAUCAAAUCAUAAAACUUGAGAUGAAAAACACAAACUUUUUGACAGUCUAGAUGGUUAUUUAAUAUAGCUACUAAAAGUUAGGUAAUAGUUUCUCCUAAUAGUUGUGUAGGAUUAUUAUCUACCUUGAAUUUUAGCAUUAGAUAGUAAGGAUAUUCUACUUAGCAACAGAUAUGGCACUUCUUGGCGUCAAAUUGAAGUUUUGUCUAUAAAAUGUCAGUAAAUAUGAGAAAUACCCACAAGAGUUUCUCAAAGACCAAAGUAGCUCCUUUUUUCCUUUCCAGAUAUACUGGAUAUUUGGUCUGCCCCGUCUCUUGAGUAAUCAGGAACAACCAAUCGCAAGGCCACACGCUGUAGCAUUUAAACAACAAUCACAGAUCUUUUAGAUUAUUGCACGAAUGAAUGGCCAGGAAAGAGACCAUUGUUUCUGCAUUCAUUCAUAAAGCACCACAAAGGUAGAAGGUCACCAAUUGUCUGUGAUUACUGUGACAUCUGUGAAUCUAGUACCAAUUGUUGCUGAUAGUACCACCCUACUGAACACACACACAGCCUACUGUGUUUCUUUUUUCUUUUAAAAAAAAAAGUAAUUUCAUUUCAGUUUAUUUAACCUGCUAUUCAGUCCCAGGAAUUGGAGUUGAACUUGUUCCCUUAAAACUCAGUCCUGCUUGGAAUGCCUUUUGAUAAACAGUGAGACAAUAGCUGGAAGUCCUCUCAACGCCUUCCUGUUGGGGUUCAAAUAUAUAUAUAUAUACACUUAGCCAGUUCCUUCUCCUCAAUCUCAGCUUUGCUCUCCUUGUUUGUCUCACCAUAUCUCCUCGGCGCUGUCUUUUUCUCCGUCGUCUAAUCAGUGAGACCAAACAGUGGACUCAACUUCCUGUCCAUCUGGGAGGUUGUGCCCGCCUCUUCCUGUCUGUGUUAUCUUUCUCCUGGACCAACACAUUGUGCUCACUUCCUGCAAGUCCAGCCUGAGAAAUGGGCUUGAAGAGGAAGAGGGAGCGAGGCAAGGAGCGGCAUGGGAUGAGGUUGGGGGUUAAGAAGAAAGAAAGACGAAAAGAACAAUGCAGAGCAAUGAUUAGUUUUCCAGCUGAAAAGAAACACCUCAGAGCAAAGAUGUGUUUUUUUGACCUGUACAUUUUGCCAUCCUCAUGAAAGAAGGCUGAUCCCACCAGUAAAUCUUAAGUUUAUUCAAAAAAACAAAAAAACAAAACACACAGUCUCACUUUUGUGGCUUCAAAAUGGCAGGAAUGGAAUCUUAAGUACUCUUACCUUCAGUUUAUUUCUCCUCAUUGUUUUUAGGCAUUGCACUCAUGACCUUUGUCAAAAGCAACCCACUGUUUUUGUAAGUGUAAAAGAAAAAAACCUUCAAAAAUCUCUUAAAAAUUCUGGCACAACAAGCACCACUGCUAAAAAAAAAAAACAUUUCUAGAAUCUAAGAAUCUUAGCUAGUUUUAUAAUCCACGUCCUCGCUCGGCGAACAAACAAUGGCUCAUUUUUCUGUCUGACAUCUUUGUUUGGGUCAAAGAAUGGAAACAAACCUUGUAAACUUUGGUUCAAUUUUGCUUCAUUGUGCAGUGAAAGAAAAACCUUUUUGUCCUGUUAUUUCAAGCUAUUUUGUGGCUCUAAAAGUAACAGUAAUUUUUUUUUUAUGUGUGUGUGUGUGUGUGUGUGCGCGCAUCUUCACCAUUAUUGUAAUCAUGGCGGUUAUUUAAAAGGUGUGCCUGUGAAAAAGAAAAACUUCAUUGUUAAAAACCAGCAGGCUGUAGCAGACACAGGUGCUCCAUUAUCUACUUUCCUAAAAGCAACAAGUGCUGGCUGUACUUAGGUGAGAAAAGCUGGCACAUUAUUCGAGGCAGAUGGAUACAUUCGUAAUUUUGGCCAGCAGUAUUUUCAACUUGUUUGGCUCACUCCAAAACGAUAUAAAAAUGUACCACAUACAUUUUUAUGACAAAAAUCCAUUAAUAGAAUACAUCAAUCAUUAAACACUUCCAGAACACGGACCAUAUAGUCAGACAUGGCGUAAUAUUUUCCAGAGCUUGUCAUAUUUAUUUUUUCUUUGUGUGCUGCCAGGACCAAGACUUGGACAUAUUGGUUUAGACUAACAUGUUUCUUCCAAUCCAUCAUGCCCAGCAUGGUUUCAUUUUUAGGAAUUUUCUUGAGCUCUUUUCCCGCUUCUCCACACUUAUUCAUCAGAUUUUGCAACUUCCAACAUUUUUCAAGUAUUACAAUAACACGCUUCGGGACAAUGACAGCCAUACGAGUGCCAUAAUUAAUUUGAUAUGUUGGUUAUUAGUGGUUGUGGGAGGACAUUUACCUCCCCUGUUGAAGGAGUCACCUUGGAUUUAAACAGUGAAAAUUAAACCUCUCAGGGUGGGAUCCCAACACAAAAAGGUUAUUCACAUAAAUGUGAAGAAACAAAAAUAUGGAGUGUGCUGGUUUAAAAGACAACAUUUAAGUGUUUUUCUUCUGUUUGUCCUAUGUUUCAACAAGGGAUUUUAUUUUGAAAUGUAUAUAGAAAAAAUGUGCCUAAUAAGGAUCUUUCUCUGGCCUCACCUUGUUUAUUUUUUUCUUACUGUUGCCAUUAUUUUUGCCUAAAUAACUGUAUUUAAAGGAUUUUAAACUUGACACUCUCUUUUUUAAUUGCUGUAUAAAGGAAAACUAGAUUCAGCUUCAGCACAUGAAAGAAAAUAAUGUUUGAUGCAUGAGUGAGUCCUCGAGUGAAUAUGUAACUUUCUGCUUUUGUGUCCACUUUUGUGUGUGUGUGUGUGUGUGUGUGUGUGCGCGCGCGCGCAGGGGUGCUCGUGGUUGUACCAUGACUGUACCCAUGUAGAUAUACACACAAACGAGUAUCAGACCAGUAAAAAACAAAAACAAAAAAGGAAAAGAAACCACAUUUCUCUUGAGUGAAACAUUAAGGUCUGCAAGGGAGUGACAUGUGCCUUUACUCUUUAAAAAAAAAAAAAAAAAAAACAUGGAAAGAAAAAGAAAAAAUGCUUUUUUUUGAUGGUGAACACGAUGUUUUCUAUAUUGUUUUAUGGUGUACAGCAACUACUUUUUAUUACAUGAAAUUUUGUAAGUGUAGAAGAAUAAAAAUCCACUCAAAUAUG